AGUGAAAAUGAAAGUAGGUCUGGGUAUAAAGGUUGCAUACUUCUGCUUGUCAGGCACAUUUGGCUUUGAGACGCUGAAGAUUCAUGAGUCACACACUAAGAUUGCCAUCCAGUUAAAGGAAUAGCUCACCCUUGUUCAAGAUGGCUUCCUUUUCUAUCCUGUGGAUUGUCAUUGCCCUGCGUAUAUCCCAUGCUUAUGGCGGGCUGGUACACUGUAACUGUAAGCUGAGUUCAGAACAAAAAGGUGAAGAUGUCACUGUGACCUGUAAUAAUAUCCGUGAUUUGGAACAUAUAAAAGUGAUGGAAUGCAAGGAAAGUUCCACGGAAUGUGAUGCAUCACUCACACGUUUGGAAGUAACCAGAAGUAACAAAAGUUUGAAGAAUGAAUUGGGCUUGUUAACGUUUCACCAUGCCAAUAGGACAUCAGAGUUAAGACUGUACAGACGGCAGAACAGCGGAUGCUACUGUAUGACUGUGGUUGCUGGCAAUGGGUAUGAAAAAUGUAACCUUCAACUGGAAGGGAAAGCUCAAGAGCAGACACCUUCGGAACAUACUCCGGAAUCUGGAACCCAAACAUCGUAUUCCAAUGAUUCGGUCAAACCACCAGAAAUGUACCAGGACUCACCCAGGAUAUGGUAUUUGCCUCUGAUCAUAGUGGCGGCUGCCACUGUCAUUGCCCUUUACAUCUAUAUGAAGCGGAGGAGGACAGGACAAACACACAUGAAUGAAAGUAUGCAAACAAUGUUAGAGAAAGUCUGAGAAGAUCAAAAAGUGACAGCACCGGAGCCAGCAUUAGGAGGUCACCAUCAUUAGGAGGUCAUCAUCAUUAGGAGGUCAUCAUCAUUCUAUCAUCUGGUAUCUAUUGUAACUUGUGUUCUGCCCUAGCAGAAAGCUUUAUAAACCACCUUAUAAUAACUCAACCACUUGGAAAUCUUUGCCCAGAGAACAAAGCAGCAGGGGUCUCACGUCUUGGUCAUAGCCAUGGAAUACCAAAAGCAGAUGUCCUCACAAUGAAAUCAGAGCUCUCUACAAGCAAAUGUAUACAUGUGCCUUAGAAAUAGAAAAGUGUGUGUAUGCUUUUGGAUCUGCAAAAUUAUUACAGUCAAAAAUAUAUUUUAAACCAGCUAGACUGUGGAUAACCGAAUAAUCUCCAGCUUCUGCAUUAAAUAAGAAGGUUAAGAAAACGAUUUCUGGCAUUGAUUAUGGGUAAUAAUUAUGCCUCUUCUUGCAAGGAAGAAGCCCAAGAUGUAUAUAUUGUAUAUUAUACCUUUUUUUUAAUACUGUUUAACACAAUCUUGUUAUAGCAAAAUACUUACAUUUGUGUUUUAGCAAAUUAAGAUUUUUGUAUGUGAUUUUUGUUUUUAUACUUUUGUCAUAUUCUGUGAAUAAAUUCUUGUUUUUUUUUAAUUUUAAAAGUUUACUUCUGAUG